AUGAUUUUGCUGUGGCUUACGCACUUGCGGGCCCCAACCUGGCAGCUGAUUCAAGACCAUGUCCUUGCAGUGGGUCGGCGCUCUGCUCUUCUCCAGAUGUCAACUGCUACGGCUUUCAAAACAGCAAUUGCUCCAGCCUUGGAGGCAAGCAUGUUCCCUCGGUUGUUGGUGACGCGGCGACGGCGCGGCUUUCAUGGCGGCAUUUUGCUCUCGGUCAGCUACUUGCACUUCCCGAAGGGGCAACUGUCAGGUCUUGAUGCCAAUGGCUACACUGUCCAGCUUCGUCCUGCCUGGUCCGAUGAGCGAGGUUACUCCUGGGUCUACGUAGUCAAUGUCGCAGGCACUGUGAACGACUUGCGGCACGCUGCAGAGGAGGAGCUUGGUAUCCUCAUUGCCGACCUUGUUGCAGAUCAGGGCAGGCGUCUGCCAGGACUUGCCACCCUCUCCACCUUGGGCAUCCACCAUGGCUGGCAGGUUACCGCCACCGCCCGGACCACGCUCCUGGUGUCCUCCUUCCACUCCUUUGUGCGUGCAGGCAGUGCCUGGAACUUGGCCUUCAACAACCUGUGUGAUGCGUUCGUCGUGUUUCGACCCGAUGGCGCAGCAGCUUCCUGGGGCGACCCUGGCUACGGUGGCGACUGCACGUGGGUGAGAGAUCAGCUGUAUGAUGUGCGGGACGUUGUUGCCACCUACGGUGCUUUUGCCGCACUCCGGCGCGAUGGGGGCGUGGUAACUUGGGGCAACCCCGAGAUUGGGGGCGAUUGCACCCCAUGCAAGGCUCAGUUGAAGAACAUCCGGGCGAUCCGGGCGUCUCGGGGUGCCUUCGCGGCCAUUUCCGAGGAGGGCGCGGUGGUGGCUUGGGGAGAUCCGUUUCGUGGUGGGGACAUCUCCAGGGUGGAGAGCCGCCUUAUCCAAGUUCGGGAGGUAAGAGCUGCGGCGCGUUCUUUCGCUGCUCUUCGGGAGGAUGGGACAGUGGUGACCUGGGGCGACAAGAGGCAUGGUGGCGACAGCGCUGAUGUCCAACAUAGGCUGACGCAGGUUACGGACAUCACCGCCUCAGCUGGUGCCUUCGCAGCCAGACGGGAAGAUGGGACGGUGGUGACCUGGGGUGAGGCGAAGUUCAGUGGGGACAGCAGUGCGGUCCAGGAGCGACUCUUGCAGGUGCGCAAGAUACGCGCCACGCCGCAUGCGUUCGCGGCAAUCCGGGAGGAUGGAACAGUGGUGACUUGGGGUGAGCCAGAAUACGGCGGCGACUGCACCUCGGUAGAGGAUCAGCUGACAGAUGUGAGCGAUGUAAGUACGACUGCUGCAGCCUUCGCGGCACUCCGCAAGGAUGGGACGGUGGUCACCUGGGGUGAUCCGGCCUUCGGCGGGGACAGCAGUGGAGCGAACGAGCUCCUGCACCAGGUGCAGGACGUGACGCCUUCCGGAGCCGCCUUCGCCGCACGCCGCCGCGAUGGCCGCGUGGUGUCUUGGGGCUGCGUGCAGAGCGGGGGCGACAGUCGCGCAGUUCAGGUCCAGCUGACGCAGGUCGAGGAGCUUGUUGCCAACGGGCAUGCUUUCGCGGCGCUGAAAGCAGAUGGCACGGUGGUCUCCUGGGGGGCGCAGGCGGCAGGAGGAGACUGCAGCAGCGUGCGCAGCCAGCUCUACUCCGUGCAGAAUCUCAGCUCCACCAGACUUUAA